AUGUCGAAACGCUUGCAUUUGAGCUCAGACUUCUCUUGGGUGUGUUGUGGUUUUUCGAAUUUCCUGAGACGGCGACGGGUGUUCAAACUGACGCACACUCCAGAAGAGUUUUUCGUGAACGAACAGAUGUGCCUCGUCACCUACGAGAUUCUCGUCAGAUUUAGGAAGAAGGUGCUGAGUAGAGGCGAUAUCUUGGAUGAGGUCGAGAAUAUCUUUGGACUCAUCGCAGAAAUGUCCAUCAAAGCGAUAUCUGCCGCCCGCUUGGGCACAGUGCUUUUCGACGAGCUCUUGAACGUCAUUGUUGAUCUUAUGGACGGUUUCGAUUCGCCCUUGACUUGGAAGAGGUCGAACCAGAAAUUGCGCGAUUCGCUCGAAAACGCCCUACCUGCCAGACAUCCGAAAAUACUGCUGCCCUCGAUGGACAGCUUCCGGGAGCAUAGUCUCAUCGGUCAAGGAGGCUUCGGGACUGUGUACAAGACGACUUUCGGAGGAAUGCCCCUGGCAUUGAAGCUGAUUGAACGACACACUUGUGAGCCAUUUAAAGGUCUAUUCCACGAGAAAGCAGCGAUUCGUCUCCUCAGACAUCCGAGAAUUGUUGUCACGCAUGCAUCGUUCAGAUGCUCGAGGGGUUAUGUUCUGCUCAUGGAGCCGGUGAAUGGCAUAGAUUUAUAUCGGCUGAUCCAUUCCUUCCGUAACCUCUCUCACACGGUGACGAAAUUCCUCACGGCUCAGCUCGUUUCGGCAGUUCUGUACAUGCAUUCGACCGGCUUUCUUCACAGAGACAUUAAGCCGUCGAAUGUGAUAAUCACGAGCGGCUGUGCGCUGAAGCUUUGCGAUUUCGACACGUGCAAGAUCUCGAUAGGGAAAUACCCAUCGGUCAGACCAAGCAGGAAUUUCAACAGACGGUCAAGUGCCGAGUUCCAUGACGCCAUGUUCAACGGUACUGUGACCUACACUGCUCCUGAAGUUUUGAAUCAACUUCCGUGGUCGGUCGGUCUGACCAAUUACCACAUGUACUGCGGAUCCUCACCUUUCCGCUUCUCGCGCUCGGUUAGCCGCAAACGCAUGUCGUACGUACUGAGAACAUACAAUAUUAUCUAUCCUGCUUGGUGUGCGGCGACGGCGGACUUUCUGAACUUUAGCAAGGUGCUUCUGAGAAAGAACCCGCAACUGAGACUGGGUUCGAAAUCGUACCGCGAUCUGGUGGGACACAAAUAUUUCUCCGGGAUUCCUUGGAGCGCCGUUGAAAGUUCUUCAGCGGUCCUGCGCGAUGAUCAGAUCGAAGGCAUGCUCGGGGUUGGCGAAGGACUCAUCACUAAAACACUGUUGAAGAAGAAAAAGCGGAAGCAUUUCAUUGAGUUGGUCGAUAUGCAGAACUGUCCGCAUCAGUACCCGUUACUGACGUUCGUGUCCGAAGAAUUCGGAAAACUGCUGUUGGCGCGGUCUUCGGCCGAACAGUAA